AUGUCUGUUGAAUUUUUGAAGUCAUUAUCAAAUGAUUUUGCUAAAUUACUCUUUAAUGUUGAAGACUAUAAUGUCAUCAUUAAAGUUGGAAAAUCGCCAAAUAUCUUACACUUUAAAGCUCACUCCUGUGUAUUACGUGCCAGAUCAACUUACUUUCAUUCAGCUUUGUCUAGUGACUGGGUUAAGACUGAUGGAAACUUUAUCGUAUAUUUAUAUUCUGGUACCAUUUGUCUCGAAAAUCAAAAUCCAACACGUAUAAUAGAUCUCAUAGCCGCUGCGGAUGAAUUGAUUCUCACUGAACUUGUAAAUUAUUUGAAAGAUCAUCUUCUAACACAUCAUGACCAAUGGAUCCUUGAUCAAAAUAUAAUUUCAGAUAAUUUAUUCGAUUCAAACCUUAUCAAAUUUAAACAUGCAACUGUUAUUUCAAAUUGGAUUGAUCGUGUUGAAGAUCCUGAACAAACUCGUUUGUAUAGAAAGUCUCCAUCUCAUUCGUUUAACCUUUUAUUACGUGGCAGUCGUGAUGGAUUCAGUGCUCGAAAAUUCCACGAACUUUGCAAAGAUAAAGGUUCAACCGUCGUAAUUAUGAAAGUUGCUGGCACUGGAGAAAUAAUUGGUGGUUAUAAUCCUGAAAAUUGGAAAGGUGGCUUCUUUGAUUUAUGGAUGUCAAAUUAUAAUAACUUAUCUAAAGGAUGUUCGUGUAGAAAUUCGUAUUACGAAAAAAAUAUAAUCGAUUCUCAAGAAUUUGAUUUAGAUGAUUAUGAAGUUUUUCAAAUUUUUCAAAACCAACCCACCGAUGAAAAAGAGAUAUAA